CCUACAUGUACUUCUUUCACAUGCAUCUUGCAUACCUGCAAGUUCCACAUCAACUGCACGGUCUCUACUGAUAUUCGAGGCACAUCACGAUUUCUGGGACCUGCUGAGCCACUGUCCAUUAUUCUUGUGCUGAUUCACUCCACGUGGCACACCUGCACAUCAAACUGAUCAUAAGAUGCGAUAACAUCUAGCUACAUUUCUGUAUGACAUGAGCGACGCUGCCAGUAAUGGCGGACUUGACGCACGUCUCCGCGAAGGCGGAUUGCUGCCCACGACCAUGCAGGUCGAAGCGACGAAAAAGAAACGCAAGGAGCAUGCAGGUACUGGCUUCACAGCUGCUACGAUGCGCGCGUUGAGCGCCCGAAUGCUCACUUUCUACUUUCGAGCUCCAAUAAAGGCUUUCUUCAGACCCAGGAUAGAAUUCUAGGGCUAUGCUAGGGCCAUCAACCCAAACGUGAAGGCUGGGCAGGCAUGGUCAUGGCGAAUGACUUCACCGGCAUUGCUCUUCACGGCCGUUCAACAGCAGGGCUGGGCCUUCCUGCCAAACCAAGUCCUUCCGCCCCUUCUCGCGAAUACUGCUGUUGGCACAGUGCUUUACACGGCCUAUCUCCAAAUCAUAAGCAACCUGCACCAGCCAAACUCUCUGUCCUCGAAGCGAGUCUUUCCUCCGCCCUCGUUCGGAACAUGCUUUACUGCCGGGUUCUUGGCUGGUACAGUGCAAAGCGUUAUAGCCGCACCACUUGAUGCUCUCCAGGUUCGCUUCCAGAGCACAGACAUGAUCGAUGGCAAAUACAGGAACAUGUGGCACUAUGGUUUGCGCAAAACCCAGGAGAUCGGCGCGAGAGGUGUCUUCGCUGGCUGGACGCUGUCUCUCUUGCGUGACUCUCUGGGUGCCGGCAUCUUCUUUGCCACUUUUGAAACGGUGAAAAGUCAGGCCUUCUAUGGCUUUGUCAGUCGAUAUUAUGGAAGCUGGACACAGUUGUCAGAUUUGCAGCGCGAGUCGAUCUCCGUGCAGAGGUCACAGAGCUCGUCAAGCCGACCUGAGAUCAGACCACACUAUAUGGUGGAACCUACCUUCCUCCUUCUUGCUGGGGUUGCAGCUUCUGUGGCGCAAGCUUUCAUACAACAUCCUUUGAGUCGAAUUCAGGAGAUACACUACGGCAGGCUGGAAUGGAUUGACCAACACACACAUACAGCUCCCGAGCAGAAGAAGAUUCGCACUCUGAAACUGUAUGCCGCCGCCUACCGCAAGACGAUGCGGCACGUCUUGGCAUUGGCACGUAGGGACGGUGGGCUUCGUCAAUGGUUGUUUCGGCACUUCAUAUCGAAUACCAUAAGACAGACACCAUCGACAGCUGCUGGCCUUAUUGUCUUCGAAGUGAUACGCAGAAAGUGGGGCUUCGAUGAAGAACCAGUCCGAAUUCCGAAAGACGGCUAUGAAAUCCUCCUAACUUGAGUGUGGAGGCGCAGGUGCUCUCACAGCGCAUCAACCCGUGGGACUUCUGCUCUCUGGCUCGGUACCUCGUUCUGCACGAUAGCCUCCCUCACCAGCCAACUAUCCAAAUAAGCCCUCACCUCCACGAUCACCCCGCUCUCAUCAAAUCGACAGCACCACGCGUAACAGUUAUCAAAUGCGAGACCUGUAACAAAACAUCAGCCACUUUUCCGACCAACGACACCGAAGGAACAACUUACCGUUCUCGCAGACUCCAUUGA